AAAAGUAAUUUUUAAGUAGCUAAAAAUGACUGAAACGGAUGCUACAAGGAGACCGCUCCAAAUGCCUGAAACUUUUCUACCAUACCUUGAAAAACAUAGAAUAUACCAAUUAUUCAAAGAUAUGGUCAGAGAUUUAGUGAUACAUUUACCAAAAGAUCAUUUGAAGCACAUGAAAGUAUUUGUGGGGCGUCACUUGCACAGUACUAAGGACGUCGACAGGGUAAUAUUUUUGGUUUCCCCGGAACUUAAAAUAGAUAUAAACAGACUAGUUCGAGAAAUGUUAAAAGAUUUGGGCAUAAUUGUAAUCAGUCGCCGAUGCGUAAUGGAUCGCUACGAGAAGCACGAUAACUACGUGCCUGGGUGUAUUUCACCAGAGCUGAUGUCGGAAGUUACGAAAACUCUGACUCUGAAAGACCCUGUGCCGCAAUCCGGUUGGCUGAUGUUUGAUCACCCCUGCACGGUCCGUGAAGCGCAGUGCCUGCAACAAGAUGGCGUCUUGCCAACUGUCACGCUGGUGCUGACACCUCCACCGCCAGUGGCGCCGACCACUGUGGACCCGUGGACCCCAGCACGAUCCUUCUUCCAGCAGGACUUUGAGGGGCUGAAGUUUGUGUACAAGUCCACGUUGAAGGAAGUGUACAUAGAACAAGAUGACGACCACGAGAAGUGCGCAAUGAAGUGUUUCAACGCGAUCCGCGCGUGCGCGUCCGGGGCGCAGGGGCCAGGGCAGGGAGUGCACGCGAGCGGGGCCCCGGGCGUGUACCGCGUGCUGCUUAUCGGGCCCCGGGGCUCCGGCAGGCGCACGCAGGCCAUGGCCGCCGCUAAGCAGUUUGAUUUGGUUUAUUUGGAAUUCGGACUGCUCUUCAAUGAGGCGAAAAUGAAGAACGAUGAUAUCGGCAAGAAACUCCGCAGCAUCGGAUGCAGCGUACAGAUGCGAGCUGAUAUUGUAAGAAGACGUAUCGCUAUGAAGGAUUGCAUUGACCACGGUUGGAUUCUCACCGGAUAUCCGGCUUCUGGCGUUGACUUCGAGCUACUUGACAUGAUGCCGACUCCGCCUAAUCGAGUAAUAUUUCUAAAUGUUGAUUGGAAUACUUGUAAAGCUCGAGCAACAGCGCGUGGUGUGGACUGGUGUACAGGUCAAGAACAACCUUUGGGCACGGGCCCACGAGUGCUGCCCCGGCCUGCUGAUGCCGAACAGCUUGAUGCUGAGUUAGAUACGUUCUUCACUGAAUCGCUUGCUGAGCUAAGGGCUGCGGCUGGUAUAACUGCAGUAGAAGUGGACGGAAAUGAUCAAAUCGAUCAAGUUCAAGUGAGGAUUCAAGCAGCUAUAAUGGCGUCGCCAUCUUUCAAUAUCGAAUAUUGCUCUCAAUUACGAAAUGUAUGCGGGGACUAACAGUGCUACCUACAUAGUUUUAUAUUAUUCUGUGAUACUACUAUGUACUUUAAUUUAUUUAACCUUGGUUUUAACAUGAUUGC